UUGGAAUCAUGUCACACUGAGUGCUUGAACCAUCCGAUGAUGAACCAUUACUAUGACAAAUUAGAGACAAUUAUGAAGGAGUUUGACAUUCCACAGGAGAAUGUCUACAAUAUGGAUGAGAAGGGGAUACAGAUGGGGAUCGGAAAGCGCACCAUGGUUCUUGUGGACUGUGACCAGAGA